AAGUCUGGCUUUGCCGGGCGGCCCUUUUGUUUCACCUAGGUCUCGGGGAUGCGCAAAUUAGGUUGCGCGUUCAUGUAUCCGCGGCCCCGAGGAAAGGUGGACCACGUGACCAAUUUCGUCGAAUUGUAUUUUAAAGUUCUGUGCGCGCUCCUGGUUCAAGCGAAACGCCGGAGAAACCGAUAACCCGCUUCGCCGCAAAAAGUCUGUCUCUGCGUUGUUAAUACAUCCCAGAAAGAAUAGCGCAAUGUCUGAAGAAAAGCCAAAGGAGGGAGUGAAGACAGAAAACGACCACAUUAACCUCAAGGUGGCUGGUCAGGAUGGGUCAGUUGUACAGUUCAAAAUCAAAAGGCAUACUCCACUCAGCAAACUAAUGAAGGCAUACUGCGAAAGACAGGGACUGUCAAUUCGCCAGAUACGUUUUAGGUUUGACGGACAGCCCAUUAAUGAAACGGACACACCUUCACAGCUGGAAAUGGAGGAUGAGGACACUAUUGAUGUAUUUCAACAACAGACAGGAGGAGUCUCUUAAGUCGGAUGUGGACUCUGAAGAACAUCCACAUCAUUUUCCUGUUGUAUUUUUCUCUCAUUCCCCUCACCCCUCUCCACUGUGCCCGGUCAGGCUGUUUAAAAUCAUCCAAAAAGGUUCUUUAUUUGGCGCCAAAUCCAAACUUCGCGAUGCAGGGUAAUUUUUUAAAAAGUGUUUUAUUCAUGUAAAUGGAUGACUUUAAUUGUCCAAGGCAGGGACACGUCUCAGAUAGAAAUUGUUUGGCUUGUAAUGAAGAAAACCAAUAACCCACUACACUCUUGAUAUUUGACCAGGUGCAUCUCAUAAACAAUAAGCUGAACGACAUGCCAAAAUCCUUCUUUUUUCCCCCUUCUUGUUUUGUUCCAUGUUUUCCCAAUUGUGAGCAUUCAAAUUCAGGAUGGGCUCAAACCAUUUUAAUUAAUGUACUUUAGGGAAAACUGCUGGCUGGCAGCCUGUGGUUUCUCUCCGUAGUUGGUAAAGACAGUGACAACUUUCUGAAGUAAUACCCUUUUUUUUAGUAUUUUUUUUUUUAAAGCAACUUGAGGUACACAUAGCCAAGAAAAAUGGUUUGUGUUGAGAGGUUCAUAUGGAUGUGUAACUCAAUACUGUCAACCUCGAUUCACUGGUAACUACUACAGUAAUAUUUCUGGACAACAAUCUAAAUGAAUAGUUAUUUUACAAAAGGUUUUGGUUAAUAUACAAUCUGUACAUGUGAAGGCGGUUACUGUCUUUGUCAAACAGCAAAGGAGUUCGCUGGAGUUUCUCCACCUUUUUUUUCAGGAUAAAAUAAUUCACCCUAACCAGUCCAGAAAUGGAGUAUCCCAUCCAAGGUUAUAUAUAUUUCACUUUGUGUAUAAAUAUAUAUUGAGUCAAUGUUGUGUUGCCAAUUUAAAUGCAUUUGUCCAACAUCUACCCAAACACUCUUAGUUUGUUUGACUCUUGUGUGUUGGUAAAGUAGAAAUCUUGUUUUAUAAGAAUGUCCUUAAUUUUUGUGUCUUCAUUUGUUAAAUUUGCAGGGUGACAACAGCAGCCCCCCCCCCAAAGUUUUUGUGUUGGGAUUUGUACAUUAUUUGUUCUCCCUAUACUGUAUACAAUAAAUAUAGUUUGAUACUCAGCCUGUUGCAUUAUAUAUGCCUUCUAUUUGUGUGCCAUUAGAUCUUUUAGCUAUGCUGCACAGCGUAAUACAGAGCAAGCACUUCAAAUAUUCUCUUUGGUGUAAAUAAACACACAGGUAUUAAAGGGCUGACUACUUGUUGGAAUUGUCCUUUUCUGAAUGUUGGUUUGAUUAUAUUAACGGGUGCAAAUAAACUUGCCUCUUGAUAAAUGCUA